AUGGGCGUCCCGGAUCCGGUCGACGUGAUGGAUCACAUCGACUGCGCUGCAAUCUACAUCGAUCCCCGCAUCCAGUCAGAGCGAUGGGUGUAUCAAGGCUCGCCGCCAGAAUCGCUGAUAUUCUCCGACGAACCCGAGUCACUCCGGUCGGAUAUCGAUGUCUUAUUGGGUAUCUCUCGGCGAAUGUACCUUUGUCAAGCCGGUGCGUCGCUCGUCACGAAACUUGCAGAGUUGAGCGAAAGUCAUGGAAAUAGCUGUACGCCGAUUUUCGCUUUUCUCGACAUCGACCUCCACACCGAGGAGCCGCCUUCGUUAUCGCGUCGCAGUACCAGCCGUGGUUCUUGGCAGGGCCCUCCGUCUCCUGCACCGCUCCGUCGCGGUUUCACAUUCUCGUCGCAAAAUGAGGGCUCGUCCGAUCUGAGGCUGCUCUCGGGUCUUUCGACCGAUAUCCAGGUGCACGAUGGUCCGAACCUCGUUAUUCCCGUCGCUAUCCUACGUCCGCCAUCGCGAGAACCCACCUCCGCGGGACCUGGUCAGCAACAGCCAUACGUUCCUCACCCUCAGCACAUUUCGAGAUGCUUGGACGCCGGUGCGGUGGAUGUUUUGACUGGACCUUUGGAUAAGAUUCGAAUCCAGAGUUUGGUUGUUCAUGCGUACCGGACGCGGAAGAUUGGCCUCAAGGAACAGUCACGCUUCAUGUCGAGGAGGAAACUGCGCAAGCACUCAUGGGUCGGCGUUCACGACGAACAGCCGUAUUCCUACCUGAGGGAAGCGAUGGUGUCAAAACUCAUGAAGGGCAUCUGCAACCCGGAAGAUGUUGUUGAGGAAUUACAUGACGGGGAGUACUUUGUCAGCGAAGAACGCGAGGACUACGUCAAGCAGCGGCUAGGCCAGUGGGACUUUGAAGCCCAUGAGUUCGACGACGACGAACUUGUUUUUGCGGCCCAUUCGAUGCUUCAGCAUGCGUUCACAAUACCAGAGCUAGAAGAGUGGAAGUUGACGCCCGGCGAGCUCCGGACAUUCCUGCUGGCUUGCCGCGCGUCUUACAACUCGUUUGUCCUCUACCACAAUUUCCGACACGCAAUCGAUGUUUUACAGUCCAUUUUCUGCUUUUUGCUGCAUAUCGGCGCAUUGCCUCCCUAUCGGUCAAUCGGUCAUAAUGCUGAUAAAGACUGUCCGAUUGCGAAUAUGCUCAAACCAUUCGAUGCCCUUACGUUACUGAUAUCGGCAAUUGGCCACGAUGUUGGUCAUCCUGGUGUCAACAAUUUCUUUCUGGUAAAAUUGAACGCGCCUCUGGCUCAGCUGUACAAUGACAACUCGGUGCUGGAAGCUUUCCACUGUGCUGCGUUUUCGCAAAUUCUGCGUCGCUACUGGCCCGCUGCAUUCAAAGACAAGACCUUGCGCAAGUUGCUUAUUAGCUCUAUCUUGGCGACGGAUAUGGGCGUUCAUCAGAAGUUCAUGGAGCGACUGGGAGCCUUGCAGGAAAAGUACUCGGAAAACAACAGGUCCACAGAUGGCUGGAAGCCUCAGGAUAUCGAAAUGUACAAGACGUUGGUUUGUGGCUUGCUGAUUAAAUGUGCGGAUAUUAGUAACGUCGCGCGUCCGUGGGAAGUUGCUGAGAAAUGGACCAAGAUCUUGCAAGAGGAGUUUGCCAACCAGGGCGAGAUGGAAAAGGAGGUUGGGAUGGAGACUGCACUUUUCGGUGGUCCGCCUGAGCUUGGCAAUGUGUACAAGCUUGCGACUGGUCAGAUGGGAUUCAUGUCCAUCUUUGCGCUCCCGCUCUUCGAAGGCGUCUCGGAUAUUCUUGCUGGUUUGAGGUUUACCGUUGACCAUAUCCGACGAAACCACACGCGGUGGCACUACCUCGCGGAUCUGGAACGAGGGAAACCUUUCCUAACGGUGGAACCCGCCCCUGACGGCCACGUCUCGCCUCGCUCGCAUAGCCCAUCAGCAAGCUUCCGGGACCCUCAGGCGACACCGAAGGUGCCGACGGUAACGCCGCCGACACCAGUGACGAGUCACCCAAAACCCACCAAAUCGUUCCCGGCAAAGGAGCCCCAGCAGCAACGGAUCGACGAAGCAGAUGAUUACUUCGGUCCUCAAAGAUCGGCGCGUACGUCUGUGGAUAGCGCAUACAACGAGAACCAGAUCAGCCCGGUCGUUUCGCCAGAUACACCAGGCCCGUCAACGAUGGACAUCACUGGAGACUCCCGUCCUGUGGACGAGCCGUCCCGGAAAUCGUCGUCCGCUGUCCCAGAUUCGAGCCCCGUGUCUAUUGUCGAGCCUAUGCCUACCAAGACACCCAUCAGCGGCGACAGUCAAUCACCAAGCAGUGCAAUCACCUACGACAGCGCUGUUGAUGGAGCCGCAGAACGGGCAAACGGAGCAAGGAGCGUAUACCGCAAUCACGCCAACACCGCCUCUUCAGGCUGCACAUCCGCGCCCUCGAACUCGCAGCGUAAUAGCUGCACCCGCACCCACAGCAUCAGCACCCACAGCAACACGAGGUCCCCCAUUUCUCCCUCAACAAACGCAACAAGCGUUCUUUCCGCAGAUAGCGACGACCAGGACCACAUCUACCACCGCGAGAUUCCACGAAGCGACUAUGCAGACUGGAACCAUCGCAGCCCGCGCGGAGGGUCGCCGAAACACGGCGGCGACCGCGGCUCAGAGAACACGCUCCACUCCGGCCACAGCCAGCUCUUCGAUGGCUCGGAUAAGAAUCAUUCGGGCAACGGGAGCUCAUCGCAUUCCAUCGGUACAGGGAGCAGUACGGGCCAGAGCCCGCAUUGGGAUGAGCUUGGGACGGAACAGCCCACGCGCAAGCUGCCGAAGCGGCGCAGCCGCCUUCGUCUGGCGUUUUGGAAGCGCAAGAACUACCAUUCGAAUAACCAUGAAGUUUCUGGGGAGUCGCGAUAA